AACACAGACGGCUCGCCCAUCUUCUCAAUGACAAAGCACACAUCCUCCUGAGCGCGGGAAGAGGCCCCGUGACAGGAAACGACGCGCGUCCCUGACUAGGAUCCGUCUGCGAAAACAGGCCGAGCCGUGACGAAGAUUGCCGAUCAGUGAAAGACUGACGCUUCCGAGCCGUGACGGAGAUUGCCGAGCGGAUACGGAAACGUGUCCCACGCGGAUGCGGGUUUGCGGUGAUUCAUAAGGACACAGAAGUUGGGGAAGAAAAUAGAGGAAUCGGACAAAUCCCAAAAAAGUGAAAAAACAAAGAAAGACUCGCCCAGCUCCGCUAUGGCCCAGCCGGACGAGGCUAGCCUGCUGCCGGGGGCUCUUGCCGCCUGCCCGGAUAGUCCCGGCGAUGACCCUGAGCUGUCCAUGGCGGCCGAAGCCUUCGCCCGGGGCUAUGACUGUGUCUCCAUUUCUUCCUUCUCCAGUGAUAGAAAGGUUCAGGAGGAUACGGCAUCCUUGGUUUCCACGGCAACCCUAGUGCCCGAGUGCAUCUACCUCCCACCGGCGGGGUACCAACUGCUGUCAGAUCAGGAGCUUGCGCAGCAGAAGUUGGCUCUGCAGAGCAGCAAUGAGCGGCUGGAGAACGUCAUGCGCGAAAAGGAAGCUCUGCGGGAAGCUCUGCGAUGCAGCUCUGAGGACUGCGCUAACCAGGUCACGCUGCUGCUGGAUCAGAUCAAGAACUCAGAAGAACUUUUGGCCGCUCUGCAGAGGAACUUGUCUGACGCCCAACAGAAGACAACCCGGCAAAUGGCGGCGCUGACGGCAUCCUUCAGGCGCUUGUUCCAGGAGGCGAACGUCCUCAACGAAGAGAACGAAAAGCUGAGAGCCGUCGGCGGCUCGACACCCCCCGGGACCCCGACUCCGGCAGCGCAGACGUCCUCGGUGCAGAGGGCAGCGCAGCACAGGCAGGAACGGCUGUGUAUAGAGGUCGUUACUCUACAGGAGGAGCUGAACUCGGAGACGGCUGCCAAGCAGGACCUGGAGGAGCAGCUCAGGAGAGACAAGGAAAAUCACAAUGAGGAAAGGGAGAUCAUGGAAGGUAACGUAUUUUGUUGACUCGUUGAAUACGAUGUAUCCAGGGAGCACGUGGCGGCGCAAUGACGUUCUAAUGCUAACGGCUCCCUGUUUGGGAUUGCGUGAUCAGUGGUUAAUGAGGGUCUUUAAAAAAAAAAA